AUGGGUGGGCAUUCGAAGAAGCAUGGAAAGGGCGGUGGUGGCGGCGGUGGCGUUGGAAGAAACCGACCACCCGAACAAAGAAAGAAGUUAACGAAAGAUCCUGGCGUGCCAGACCUUAAGAAGGUGGCGCAAAACUUAACGCGGACGGCGCGAAAUCGUAACCGCAGUGUUUUCAGCAUUCCCUUUCUGCGUGGGGCGGCAAAACUCCCCUCCAUCGUUGCCAGGACCGUUGCGGAGUCUAGCGAACCGCCCCAAACGGAGGAGGAGCGCAUGGCGUCAGAGCGGCGUUCGAUGAGAAUGCUUGCCCUUCAGUGUGCGGGGAAGACAUACCAGUAUGAGGCACCAAAGCAAUGGCUGGAUGAAGCGGAAGCUCAAGAUUGCAUGUACGAUGAAAUGGAUCGACGGUGCGCGGACAAGUCCCUUCGGCGUUUUUACAAGGAAUUUCAAAAGGUUGUUGAAAGCAGCGAUGUGAUUCUUCAGGUGGUUGAUGCCCGUGACCCACUUGGGUGCCGAUUAACACAGUUGGAAAGAAAUAUUCGUUCUCAAUUCGGAGAUAAGGGGAAAAAAAUGGUAGUGGUUCUUAACAAAGUAGAUUUGUUACCUUCAAAGGAAGUGGUUGACAGGUGGAUACACUUCUUUGAGUCACACGAAGGGGUUGAAUGCAUCCCCUUUACGACAACAGCAAAAGGAACCGUUGGGCAUAGUUAUGUUGCUAACAUGUUCCGUCGUCUACGUGCGCUGGCAUUAAAUGAGGGGACUGGGGCACACAAAUCAAUUGUGGUGGGUGUUAUUGGCUACCCAAAUGUGGGGAAGAGUUCCAUUAUCAAUGCUCUCAAGCAGAAACACGUGGUUGGUGUUGGUAACAUGCCAGGAUUUACAACCGGCAACACGGAGGUGGAGUUGCGCUCGGAUAUUCGUGUGAUGGACUGCCCUGGUGUUGUGUCUCCUGGUGAGGAUAGCGGCGAUGUCGUUCUGCGCAAUGCCGUGAAGGUUAGCAACCUUGCGGAUCCCUUCACACCCGUGCAGCGACUUAUUCAACGUUGUACACAAGUUGACACGGAUGACCCCCACAGCCAGCAGCUUUUCGCGGCAGGAGUCCACCCCCUUGCACUCUUUUACAAUAUUGGUACAUUUGAUACGAAUGACACUAUUGGGUUCAUACGCUUGGUUGGGCAAAGACGAGGAAGGUUACGUCAGGGAGGUGAGAUUGACGAGGAAGGCACUGCACGCAUGAUUUUACAGGACUGGAACGACGGUCGCAUUGCUUACUACACUUUGCCGCCCAAAUCAGAUCUUUUUGACCGCGAAACGCUGACAACGAUGGCAGAGGAAGAAACAGCGGAGGGGGUGAUGCUGACGGCGGCGGAAAGGUUGUGCGGCCCACAGGUGGUGGAUUCCCUCGCAAGUGGCAUGCAGUGGGAUGGUCUGCCGACGUUUCAUAUCUCAUGGGAACGGAGGGACGGAACGAGCCGUCGUUGCACGCGUUACGACAAAAUGAACACCCAAAACGGCGUGGAGUCAUAG